UAUAUGAGACAAAUAUUAAGGGUGGCAAAAAGAAAGUGACAACUCAAAUGAAACACAAACAUUAAAUAGCAAUUAAAGCACAAGAAUGAGACCCUAAGAAGAGUGAAGAAGAACAAUGGAAGGAACAACAUCAACAACAAAUGAAGAGGUAGAGGUUAAUAACGAGAGAAGUGUCACUUUUUAUAUUUACCAUCCAUGUUUUCUACUCCAACAAGUCUUUGGAACUCUCUUCAAAUGUUUAGGCUUUGAAAUUGGAACCAACAAAAAUGAACAUCACGAGGAAAAAACUCCUUUAGAGGAUCUUCUUAUAAGUGAAGAAAACACACCAAGUAAUGAACAUCAAAGCUCCCAAAAUAUUGUUACAAGUGAAGAACAAAACGAACGUUCAACAACUACUACUACUCAGAGUUUUGAAUUUAUCAGAACUUUAAUAGUUAGGCGUGGACCAAGAAGAUCAAAUCUUAGUUCGGGACCAGGACCUGGAAAUAAUUAAUUAAUUUUAGUUAAUACUUACUUGAUCAUAGUAUCUCAAAGCUAGUUGUUUCUAAUGUACUGCUAGUAUACAUAUGAACGGAAUUAUCCAUAGAUUUCCUUUCUGUAAUAUUUCAACCUCACUAUCCUUCCCUACUUAUGUAAAAAUUGUUGCAAGUGUUUGAAAAAAUACUACUUAUGUUAUGUAAGAAACUUGGAUCAAUGCACAUGAAUUGAAAAAAAAACAUUGUACUUUUAAA